AUGAAGAAUCUCCUUAAGGCCAUGGCGAGUUUCAUGAAAAAGUUUAAGCGGAAACGCAGACUUUCGUCUGAACUUCAUUCCCGUUGGGGCGAUCCUUCCAUCAGCUAUCCGACUCAAGGAUCAUGGAAUCAACCAAGUCAGUCACCGAGCUUUUUCGUCAACGCCCCAACUGGGUUACCUCAGAGUCCUCGUCCUGCAGAACAAAAACAACAACAACAACAACAACAACAACAUCUUGUCUCAUUAGACCAUAGUAAAAGUCAUGAUUCAAAUAACCCUACUCCUCAACAUACCCCAAAUGACACAAGUCGCGUUGAUUCUGUGAUUCCCAAGGGCUACUUCAACGAGAACAUCCGGCAUCGCGAAAAGGGUCAUAGAUCGCCAGCCUUGGGAUUGGGGAUCGCAGGGACCCGACAUGAUCGAAAUGAGCCCGACUGUCAUGAUGUUGCGGUCGACGAUGACGAGUCCUGCGAUGGAGAUGAUGAAGAGCGAGACACUUUGGGUGAUCCCAAAGAAACCGCAACCCAUCGCAAUUAUGCUACCGGUGAUGCAUCACGUCUGCCAUAUCGAGACGACUACGAUUCUUGUCCAGACCACCCAGCCAAAUCCCCACCACUAUCCGUUACCUCUCGCAUGCGCCGCAUCAGCACUCAAAGCUCGAUGACAGAACACUCCUCAAUUAUUGGCCCUGCCAGCUCGAGAAGAACGAGCUAUACAGCCGCAUCUUCGGUCUCCGCACCCUCUCUACCCCCUGACACGCCGCGGUACGCAGUACACGCACAAUUUGAAAAACGAGUUGCUCCUCGCCCCAGAUAUCGAACUGAGCCUGCCCCAGCAGUGGGCGUAGGUCAAGGCAUGGUGCCCUCUUAUGAUGAACUAUACGGCUAA